AUGAUCAUGGGCAGCGGCAAGUGGGGCGAGUCCAAGAACUCCACCAUGUCCGGCGCCACGUACGCUUCCACCCCUCUCUUCCCGGCGCCCGUGGCACGACCGACCAACACACGGCCGCACACAUCGCACACAACAGGACCAAGAGCUCGAAGAAUACGAACUCGCACUCGCAGAGCUUCGAAGACGACGAGAACGACGGCAGCAUCAACAACGAAGACCUUUAGAGGAUCGAGAGUUUUUUUACAAGUUUUCUGUACCAGUAGUAUCGCAUCGCCACGCCCGUGCCCAUACUUUGUGGCCGAGGGAGCGGCAGCGCAGACAGCUAGAGAUCAUCUCCCCAGUUCCCUCAUCGAGCGGUAG